AUGCUGUCACGGGCACGGAAAAAGUGCGAACAGGAAAACGGUAAACCUCUCGCCAGUGAAUCUACCAAACCAAACGCUAACUUCGGACGUGGACACGAGAAGAAUUUGGAGCAAAGGAGCGAACAGCUCCUGUUAGGAAGUAUCAACGCUUCUAUAUCAUUACCAUUGAAGAGCACAUUCACAAAGACACAGAACCAACGAGCGAAACCCGAAUCUUCAGAAGACUACACUGUGAGAUCAUCUUUACAACAAACAUUGACAUUUAUAGCGGAAGGAGAAAGAAAUACACCAAAGGCACCGAUCACAUUCCAAGACUCACAGUUUCUUCCUACAGUGCAUAUCAAGCCGCCUUCGGAUCCCAACUCCCCUGGCGAAAAUGGCACGGCAGUCCACCUUACAAAUUUGACCGAAGCCGAGAAAAACCUGCGAAAUGAACUGUUAGAGAAAUACGGACUGGACGAGUUCGUCAGUCGGAAGAUAUCCUUACACAGGAGACUACCGUACUCACGACCUGAGAGCUGCCGGACACAGACCUACCUGUCGAACCUGCCUACUGUGAGCAUCAUUGUAGUGUUACAUAACGAGGCCGUGUCUGUACUGAAGCGAACCCUGCACAGUAUUCUGGACAACACGCCGUCAGCUCUUCUACAGGAAGUUCUGCUGAUAGACGACUUUAGCAACAACGUCGAUCUCGGAUGGGAUCUGGAGGACUACAUCUCACGCCUGCCCAAAAUCAGACUGGUGCGGACCCGGCGGCGGGAGGGCCUGACCCGGGCACGAAUCCGGGCCGCACACGUGGCGUCUGGAGCCGUGCUGGUCUUCCUGGACGCUCACGUGGAGUGUAACACGGGGUGGCUGGAGCCUCUGGUGGACAGGAUAGCCCGAGAUAGGAAGACAGUCGUUUCUCCCGGCAUAGACUGGAUCCAUGGAGACACUUUUGGAUUAGAUUAUGGCACCUUCACUCAUCGGGUCACGUGGGGCUGGAGCCUCGGUUUCGGGUUCGACCAUGCGCAUGACCAAAGAUGGGUCAAACUCCCUGCGCAUGAGCAGGUCAAACCCGUGAGAACGCCGAUGCUGUUAGGAGGACUUUUCGCGAUAGAUCGUGAGUUCUUCCGUGAGCUUGGGAUGUACGAUCCUGGAUUGGAGUAUUGGGGUGGAGAACACUUCGAAAUUUCAUUCAAGGUGUGGAUGUGUGGUGGAUCAAUAGAAACUCUCGCCUGUUCUCGCGUGGGUCACGUGUGGGGUUCCAGGAAGACUUACAGCACCGGAAACAGGACGAUAGACUAUUGGACACAGAGGAACAACAUGCGGGUAGCGGAGGUCUGGAUGGACAACUACAAAGAACACUUCUAUAUUCGACAACCUCACCUGAGGAAGCCACAAACUUAA